CGCCUGAGAGGAGUUCAGCUGCUGCCGCCGUGAGCCGCGGGACCCGCGUUAUAGUAACCGCUCUAACGCACCGGACAGAUUUUUCUGUCUUUAUUUUAAGAGCAUCACCAGAGUCGGUUUUUCUUUUUCCUUUUUCUCCCGUUUUUAUUCCUUCUGUCGCGUGUCUCCUCGGCAAACUCUCCACCUGCCUUCUCCCUCCCCCACGUCCCGUUCCCGGAAGAAACUUACCGAUCGUCCUACCACUGCUGCACAUAAGCGUUCGGUCUGACUUCUUUAUUAUUAUUUUAAUUUUUGUUAUAAUUACUAUUAAAUUUGUUUGUUCGCGAUUUGUUAAGUGUUAUUCAAUCUAUCGUCAUCGUUGAUCUGAUUAUAUCAUAUUAUAAUAAUUAGAAAAUUUUAUAAGUGCGACUCUGCGGUCACCAGGAUUACAACAUUUGUGUGAUUUGGAUACCAAACUUGAAAAUCACCAUGCGGGACAAGACGUCUUGAUCCACGCUGAUCCAGAAUAACAACAGCACACACACAUACACACUUCAGAAAAUUGGAGUCACACUUUAUUCUAAGUCUGUGAUAUUAUUUAAUAUUUUGAAAAAUGAACCUCUUAGCCGUAAUCGAUUUCCUCGAUCACAGAAUAGAGAUAGAAUCGCCUAUUUGUAAUCAAAUGAAAAGAUCGUUAUAAUUAGUAUUAUAAGUUGUUGACGUAAAUUCGUUAUUCCAAUUAGUUAGUGUAUUUAUAUAUUUUGUAAAAAUAAUAUUAAUAAUAAUAACCAUGAAUUCCUAUAAAUAUUUUUAAAACCAUAAACAGUUUUUAAUUGUAUUUUUACAACAAAAAGUCCCUUAUAUUCUGUCCAAAAUGGGUUCCAAAGAGGCGGAAAGCGGUACCGCCAAAACCGCCAAAAUGAGCGAUCUCAAAAAAGAAAUCGACUUGGAUGAUCACAGGAUACCAUUGCCGGAGCUAUACACUCGUUACGAGACGGAUCCUGAGAGAGGUUUGACGACUUCCCAAGCUAAAAGAUUAUUACUUAGGGACGGACCUAAUUCUUUAACCCCACCUAAGAGGACUCCUGCGUGGAUUAUCCUGUUGAAGCACCUGUUUGAAGGAUUUUCAAUUCUAUUAUGGGCAGGUGCGGCUCUGUGCUUCCUAGCAUAUGGUAUUCAAUAUUCCACAUCUGAAGAACCACAGGAAGACAACCUAUGGCUGGGUACAGUAUUAGUCCUUGUUUGUGUUAUAACAGGCGUUUUUGCUUACAGUCAAGAAGCAAAAAGUUCGAGAAUCAUGGAUUCCUUCAAGAACAUGGUACCACAAUACGCCAACGUUGUGCGAGACGGUGAACGGAAAAACAUACUGAGCUCAGAACUGGUAAAAGGAGACAUUGUGGAAGUAAAGUUUGGUGAUCGCGUUCCCGCUGAUGUUCGUAUUAUCGAAGCCCAUAAUUUUAAGGUAGAUAAUUCAUCUUUGACCGGAGAAACUGAACCACAACCUCGGGACUCAGCUGUAUCUAAAGUGCAAGUAUUGGAAGCUAACAAUUUAGCAUUCUUUUCCACUAAUGCGGUUGAAGGAACUGCAAAAGCCCUUGUGAUACUCUGUGGUGAUAAUACUGUAAUGGGACGUAUUGCUGGACUGACUACAAGACUGGAGCAAAGAGAUACACCAAUCGCUAAUGAAAUUCAUCAUUUUAUGCAUUUGAUUUCUGCUUGGGCAAUUUUCCUAGGGGUGUCAUUUUUCAUAAUGGCUUUCUUACUUGGAUACCAUUGGUUGGAUGCUUUUAUAUUCUUGAUUGGAAUAAUUGUCGCUAACGUACCAGAAGGUCUUCUGGCUACCGUGACCGUGUGUUUGUCUUUGACGGCGAAACGGAUGGCAUCGAAAAACUGUGUCGUAAAACAUCUCGAAGCAGUCGAAACUCUCGGAUCUACAUCUACUAUCUGCUCUGACAAAACGGGAACGCUAACCCAAAACCGUAUGACUGUAACACAUUUAAGUUAUAAUAAAGAAAUUAUUGAGGUGGAUUAUUUCAAAGACCCGACAGGUGUAACGGAAGAGGCUAGGAACACCAAAGCUUAUCAGUCGCUCGUUAGAGGUGGAUGUCUUUGCAGUAGAGCUGAAUUUAUAUGUGGACAAGACAAUACACCAGUUUUAAAGAGAGAAGUCAUGGGUGACGCAUCCGAAGCCGCUAUAAUUAAAUUUUCUGAGCUUGCAGUUGGGGAUGUUAUGGCUUUCCGUGAACAACAUAAAAAGGUGGCAGAGAUUCCGUUUAAUUCCUCCGAUAAAUUCCAAGUUUCGAUUCACGCAUUACCGUCGAAAGGACAAUUGUUAGUAAUGAAAGGGGCACCAGAAAGAAUUUUAGCUCGUUGUACUAGAAUGCGAUAUGGCGAUGGUGUUGUUGAAUUGGACGAAAAUAUCAGACAAGAAAUGGACGAAAUUAUCGAACAACUAGGAAGUUACGGUGAACGUGUUCUCGGAUUUUGUGAUCUUUUUCUAAGUACAGACCAAUUUCCAAUUGGCUUCAAUUUUACCACGGAUCCUCCUAAUUUUCCUUUGACCGAUUUAAGGUUUUUAGGUCUUAUGUCCAUGAUUGACCCUCCUAGACCAGGUGUACCAGAUGCCGUCGCAAAAUGUCGAUCAGCUGGCAUUCGUGUUAUCAUGGUAACCGGCGAUCACCCCGUAACUGCUAAAGCUAUUGCAAAGGCUGUAGGAAUCAUUACUGAAGGUUCUGAAACUCUUGAAGAUAUUGCUAAACGACGUCGAGUACCAGUAUCAUCUUUAGAUCCACGGGAAUCCACAACAAUCGUUAUACAAGGAUCAUUAUUAAGGGACAUGUCGACCGAAGAAUUGGAACACGUUUUACGAACUAACAGAGAAAUCGUAUUUGCCCGGACUUCCCCUACACAAAAAUUAAACAUUGUUGAAGGAUGUCAAAAUUUGGGAGCUAUUGUGGCUGUAACUGGAGAUGGUGUUAACGAUUCACCGGCUUUGAAAAAGGCAGAUAUUGGUAUUGCUAUGGGCAUAACGGGUUCAGACGUAUCCAAACAAACUGCUGACAUGAUAUUAUUGGACGAUAAUUUUGCAUCGAUUGUGACUGGAGUAGAAGAAGGGCGUCUUAUUUUUGACAACUUAAAAAAAUCAAUAGCGUACACUUUGGCGUCAAACGUCCCGGAGAUAACUCCGUUCUUACUAUUUAUUCUUAGUGGUAUUCCAUUGCCACUGGGAGUUGUUGCCGUGCUUUGCAUUGAUUUAGGAACUGACAUGUGGCCGGCCAUAUCAUUGGCUUACGAAAGAGCGGAAUCUGACAUUAUGUUAAGACAUCCCAGGAACCCAUCGACUGACAAAUUGGUCAACGGUAAACUCAUCUUCGUCGCAUAUGGUCAAAUCGGAGUUAUUGAAGCCGUCGCUGGAUUUUUCUCGUACUUCGUCAUUAUGGCUCAAUGCGGAUGGCUACCACGGAGAUUAAUUGGCAUACGUAACGAAUGGGAUUCAAAGUCUGUGAACGACUUGGAAGACUCAUACGGUCAAGAAUGGACAUUUACACAUAGAAAAGAGCUAGAAUAUACCUGCCAUACUGCCUUUUUCAUAGCUAUUGUAGUAGUUCAAUGGGCUGAUUUGAUUAUUUGCAAAACUCGUUACAAUUCUAUUUGUCAUCAAGGUAUGGACAAUUGGGUUUUGAAUUUUGGAAUGGUAUUCGAAACAUUAGCUGCCUGUUUUGUAUCUUAUUGUCCUGGUAUGACCGAGGUGCUCAAGACCUAUCCYGUAAAAGCCGAAUGGUGGCUUCCUGGUUUACCUUUCGCCGUAGUCAUAUUUGUUUAUGACGAAUGUCGGCGUUUUUGGCUCAGGACUCAUCCAGGUGGAUGGGUCGAACGACACACUUACUAUUAAAAUAUUUUAAAGUAUUUACAAUAAAAUAAAAUAAUAAUCACUCAUUGCGUCAAUGCCCCUGUAUA